AUGGACCGCAUACCGCCAGGGAGCCAGCGCGUCAUACGCGACAACAAUCUGCAGUUCCUGCGGAACCGCGCCAUCUAUGACACUGAUUACUUUUGUCCGGAGCCUUGCGUCCUGCAAUGUGUCUUUCACACUGAGCAGUUACUGCGAUUCCUGUGCCGUCACCAGCCUGCAACUAGCCUUCCAGUUUCUAUUCAACAAUUACUUCCGAACCAAAAAGAAACUCUGGAUAUUGUAUGCUGCAAACAUCUGUUCACUAAGUCUGCCGUGCGGCGGAUCGUUAUGUUCCUCUUGGGCCCACACACUGCACAGAAUGAAGAGGAUGUUCAGACGAGGCGAUGGACGUCGCUGCAAACCAAAGAGUUCACUUAUCUCCACACGAUGCUGGCUGUCAUGAUCCUGUACUGUGACGUCUCCAAGUUCAGAACAAUCGAUCAAGGGGAUUAUCCACCGAGGCAGCGGACGUUGAUCAUCCCCACCAGUAAGCCGCUAGCCAUGCCCAGCGACAUGCAGCAGAUCCUCUUCGCCACGGAAGGCAUCAAGUACAUCCGGGAGCAUCUAUGA